UGCCACCUAUCAGUGGUGCCAAUCAGUGCCAGUCAGUGCUGCCUAUCAGUGCCAUCAGUGCCGCCUAACAGGGCCAGUCAGUGCCGCCUAUCAGUGCCGCCUAUCAGUGCUGCCUUUCAGUGCCCAUCAGUGAUGCCUGUCAAUGCCCAUCAGUGCCACCUACCACUGCCUCCUCAUCAGUGCCCAUCAGUGCAUCUUAUCAGUGCCCAUCACUACAGCCUCAUUAGCACACAUCAGUGAAGGAGAAAAAUCACUUAUUUACAAAAUUUUAUAA